AGUUUCCCGUAGGCUUCAGGCUUUUCUCUUUCAGUUUUCAGGGAAACGCGGAGGAGACCGCGCGUCGCCGGCCGCGCUACCGGCAGAACCGUUUCAUGCAAAAUGAUUAAAUAACCGGACGGCACAGCGAGCCAAUCAAGCAGUCGAGUGAUGCAAUUAAAUAUCGGGACCUUUUAAGUGAUAAAGUGUUAUGUUGACAAAUCGAAUACAUAAGCGAACGAUUAGUGGUGCUAAGAGAGGACAGUAAAUCACAUCGCGUCAGGAGCUGUGACGGAUUUCGGCAUCGAGCCAGGCAUGAUUUGAACAGACAAGGCGGGUUGCGCGGAUGGUGUGCGGAGAUGGGCGGCCCGCGGCGCAUGUCGAGCGCGCUGCUGCUGCCGUUCCUACUCGCGCUGCCCGCGGACACCGCCAACACCACCGGCUACCGGGAGGAACUGGAAUCAUCACUGGUUUUAGUCCACGCAGUCGCCACCGGAGCCACGGGGAACUGUGUCUCGUAUCGCAACGGUCAGCUGCGGGCGCCCAUGCACGUCACACGGUGGGACUCAGCCAGGGCUCGGGCGGACCUGGCGGCCAGCUUCUUGCACCAACUGGGAUUGGACUCUGCUGACGUACUUGAAGCGGUAUCAAAAUCACUAGUAAUGGGUAAUCAGAAUUCUGAAAGAGCAGUGGGAGCAAGAGCAAUACCAUUACGGGCUGAUACCAAAGUGAAGAAUACCACGGGGUGGCAACGAUAUGGUACAGCUGAACCAGUUCCAGUGUUUUAUCCGCCACUAGAGCAAGUGCCUGUAGCGGAUUAUCCCUGGUAUGAAUCGCGGCAUAAAACAUCUCAACAGUCUUUCAAAUUCAUGCCUUCGCCAGUACCAGAUGCAGCUAUGAAGGGCUGGUGGUCCUUUCCCUAUUUCAGUUGUGAUGCCGAGCGGUGGCUACUAUCAUAUACGGUUCCGGUACAUUCGGCUAGAGAGCAGGAAGGAGUUGUGUCACUCGACAUAGACAUAUCUAAUUUGGAAAUAAAUCAAUGUGAGAUGCCAACCAACGAUAAUCAAAUAUAUUCCUUUCACGGCACUCAUAAAUGUCACAACGAAACCACCUUUUGCGAGUACAAGCCAAAUCGAGAAGUUGGUGUGAGACAUGCUGGUUGGGCUCGAGGAUCGUACGUUUGCCGUUGUCGAGAUGGAUAUUAUUCAACGCAUCAUCCUGAUGGAUUCAAUGGCUCACUUGUUGAAGUUGCUUAUCAAGAAUACAAGGAAAAUAACGGCUUGGAAAACUGGAGUGAGCCCUACCAAUGUCUGCAAUGUCAGCCAGGCUGCGAAACAUGCCGGGGACCGGAGCCUUGCCUUGCUACUUACAACUGGCCAUUCCGGAUAUCCCUCCUGGUGAUAUCGGUGAGCUGUGCAUUCAUGACAGUGUUGCUGACGAUCUACACAAGACACCACAGACGCGUGAAGGUGUUCCGUGUUGCCAGCCCUGUGUUCCUUUCCAUCACGCUACUUGGCUGCGCUUGCAUGUAUUUGGAGAUGGCAGCUAUAUUCCCAGUUCUGGACCGCUACUCUUGCAUCGCAACAAAAUGGACUCGCCACUUGGGAUUCUGCAUCACAUACACAGCGCUGCUUAUGAAAACUUGGAGAGUAUCUCUGACAUAUCGCGUGAAAUCCGCGCAUAAACUGAAGCUCACAGACAAACAGCUGUUGCAAUGGAUGGCGCCCAUUCUCCUGAUCAUGCUCGUGUAUCUCGGGACAUGGACUCUGUCUUCACCUCCUGAUGCAGAAGACAUCACAGACAAUAAGGGCUUGAGAUUCAAGCAAUGCACUUACAAUUGGUGGGAUCACAGUUUGGCUAUAGGUGAGAUCCUGUUCCUGCUAUGGGGAGUCCGCGUGUGCUACAGAGUGCGCCACGCCGAGAGCCUGUACAACGAGGCGCGGCUCAUCUCUAUCGCCAUCUACAACAUCUUCACUGUCAACUCGCUCAUGAUAGCAUUCCAUUUACUAAUCCUGCCUCGGGCUGGGCCGGAUAUAAAAUAUCUGCUCGGCUUCAUCAGAACGCAGUUGUCCACUUCUACUACAGUUCUACUAGUAUUUUUACCCAAGGUGCUGCGCGUGGCGCGCGGCACGGGCGACACGUGGGACCGCGGCGCGCCGGCCACCUCGCUCAACGGCAUCGGCCUCGUGCCCGACGACCCGCCCGACCUCUACCGAGAGAACGACGAACUCAAGGAGGAGGUGCAGAAGCUAGCGGCGCAGAUCGAAUUCAUGAAGAUCGUGCAGAUGGAGAUGCACAACCGGCACCUGCGGCCGAGACCCGGCGGCUACUUCAGCGUCUCCAGCCCCCACGUCACCGCCACCGCCGUCAACAUCUCGCAGGACAGCACGGAGUGGCCGGGGCCGGUGUGACUGGUCGCGCUGAGCGACAGCGGCUGGGCGUGGCCGCGCGGCGCCGGCCGCCCGAGCGUGGCCGGCGUCCGCGUCGUCACGGCCGAGGACGCCCGACG